GCAGUGCUGAAUGCCAGCCUCCCACAGAGCUCAUUCAUCUCAACUUACUUCAGAGAUCCUGAGUGAGUGUCCCAGCACUUCGCACCCUGCACUGAUGGGUCCCUCACGCCUGCCUGCACCCUGCACUACUCCUGCUGCUGCUGGGAACUGACUUCUGUGCAUCUCACCAGGCUGCCUGCUCCUAUUCUGCCUCUCAAGUGUUUUAUACAACAUAUUUUCCGUGUUGAUCUGCUGCCACCAUGGGGAUAAAGACGGCAUUACCGCACUAUGAGCUUGGCUUCUACGCCCUUGUUGUGACCUGCGCUCUGGUUUACUCUUUGAAUGGGAUAUUCGAAGCAUCUCGAGAUAACAUGAACCGGAAGACGUUUAGAGAAAAUGUCAAGUCGGGGUGGCAUUACUUUGGUAGGAAAAUGGAUGUUGCAGACUUCGAAUGGGUGAUGUGGUUCACAACAUUCAGGAAUUAUAUCAUCUUCGCCCUCGCAGGUCAUGUUAUUUUUGCCAAGAUCUUCUCUCUUCUAGUCCCUCAGUACAGGUCCUGGAUCUACAUGCUGUACGGGCUCCUGACUGUAUUUGCCAUCAUGGGAAGUAACUACCUGAUGCUGAUCUUGUCGCACUGCGUCAUCCUCUACACUAUCUCGCUGGUAAAAUCCAAGUGGCUCUGCUUUGCUGCUGGCCUGUGUAGCCUGGUGACCUUCAAGGUGGAGCCUUUCAUCUCCUGGCAAAAUGGCUUUGUCACAGGAACUUUUAAUCUGCAAGAUAUCCUCUUCUAUGGGGGCAGCGGGUUCACCAUCCUGCGCUGCAUGAGCUUCGCCCUGGAGACCUGUGACAGAAGAGAGGGAUUUUACUCUCCUAUUGACCUCCUCAAGUACAACUUCUACCUCCCGUUCUUCUUCUUUGGCCCAAUUAUGACCUUUGACCAGUUUUACCAACAGGUAUACACCAAGUCCCUGACACGUAAGGAGAAUGAGAUGUGGAACAUACGUGUCCAGGCUGCGACCAAUCUCCUAGUGAUCGUUCUCGUGGACGUUUUCUUCCACUUCCUCUAUAUCCUCACCAUGCCGUCCGACCUGAAGAUUGUGAAUAAGCUUUCCGACUGGGAAUUGGCGGGUCUGGCGUACUCUAACUUGGUGUAUGAUUGGGUGAAAGCAGCUGUGAUGUUCGGGGUUAUAAACACAAUCUCCAGACUGGACCACCUGGACCCGCCACAACCCCCCAAAUGUAUCACUAUGCUCUACGUCUUUGCUGAAACGCACUUUGACAGAGGGAUCAAUGACUGGCUCUGCAAAUACGUCUACGAUUACCUUGGGGAGGGUCAUAAUAACAUUAGGAAGGAGUUGGUGGCCACUAUCUCCACGUUUCUGGUCACCACCUUGUGGCUUGGACCCUGUGAUAUUGUCUAUAUCUGGUCUGUUUUCAACUGCUUUGGUCUGAACUUUGAGCUGUGGGUUCAAAAAUUCUUUGAGUUGGAGCAAUUCGCCAAACUGGAGGCCAAGCUGCCAGAAUCAAUGUCCAGGAGAAUCCGGGGGGGUUUCGGCGCAGCUAAUUUCUGGGCAAUUAUUUUAUACAAUAUUUUAGCCCUCAACAGCCUGGAGUUCGCUCUGCUGGUCGCUAAGAGGAUUCUUAUAACAGGUUUCCCAGCGAGCACAGCGUCUAUCUGGUUUGUGACGUACUGCGGGGUUCAGCUGAUAAAGGAGAGAGAACGGAUUCACGCAAUAGAGGAAGAGAGAAGAGAGAAGCUGAAAGCUGCCUGAGGUGGUUCCCUUCUCACUGAGCCAAAGCAACUAGCCGCAUAUUGUUAGAUAAGACCGCCGUCCUGUUACCCCAUAGACCACGGCUAUGAGCCAGCUAAUGUACAAUACGAAUCAAUGUGCACAACAAUGUAGAUUUAAUAAAUAUUUUCUAUAAGGAA